GAGUGAAUGCACAAACAGAUGAAGAAAUUAAUGUAUUACAUAUUAUUACAUUACCUACACAUAAUCGAAAGUCUGCAGAUUUCUAGAACAAGCUAUUUUACAAAUGUAUAGUUCUGUCUCGUCUCUCAGUGAGAAGUUUUCUCCCGUCGUUUUCCACCAAGAAAAAAAAAAACCAUAGCGGUACCGGUCAUUUACAGCAAAGAAGGAAGUGCGCAGCAGUGAAGUCCUCUCGCUCUGCCUCUCUACUCUUGGACAAACAUCCCGGUCAAACUACUUCAAGCUUCACCUCGUCUGAGAAAUUUCCCCUGUGUGCGACAGGAAAGUCUCCUGGUGCAGUAGCAGGGAAAUGGAUGUUUCAUUAACGUCAGAUGUAUUUUUCCCUCACGGGUCGGACAUUAUUGCCAUUUCUUGAUCAAAAGGAAAAGUCAGGAGUAUGGGCAAAUUCCAGUCCAAACUUGCUUUGAAACGCAGACAGAGCCCUGAAGGUGGUAGUCUGGCUUCCAAUGUGCUGACCUGUCAGGGGGAGUUGGAGCGCAUUCACGUUCACAAAUGCAAACUGACAGAGAACUUGUAUGUAGAAUUGAGGGAAAACAAGUCUGACCAUAACUGCAACCUCAAGGUGGUUUUGCCGCCAAAUAAGACAGCUGACGGGGACAAAGGCAUCCACCUCCAGGUCAAAAAACAGACGAAGAAGAAGAAAAGCCAUGCUGGGGACACACAGUGUGACCUGGUGCCUGAGGAGGACUCUCGGCAGGAGUGGGUCUUCACACUGUAUAAUUUUGACAGCGGCAAGGUCACAAAGGAGGAUAUAUCCAGUCUAAUACACUCCAUGUAUGAGGUUCUAGAGGUGUCAGUCAAGCAGCCUUGCAGCGAUAACACACCCCUGAAGAUCAAGCUAGCUGUGAGUCCCUCAGCUUGCCCAGACAAGAUCUCACAGACAGUCAUAGAAAAGGAGCAGGGUGUGUCUCAGGAGGUAGGGAGCCCAAUAAAGAAACUCUACUGUGUGGAUGAAAACAUAGAGCGCAGAAACCACUACCUGGAUCUAGCUGGCAUUGAAAACUACUCUUCCAAAUUUGACAAUACAGAGUCACCCUGUCAAGAGCCCAGACAGCACACUCACUCUGCUCUUCAGCACCACCCAGUGGUAGGAAGAGAGAGCUGCAUCUCCUUUGAGUCCCCCAGGAGCCUCUCUAUCCAUCACUCCCUGAGAAAUAAGCCCAGGUCACUGGGGAAAGACAGGAGCAGAGGAGAGGGAAAAUCCUGCAGGCUGCAUGGCCAGCAUCCUGCCUCAUGGUGCCAUCCCACCCAGCCUCACCCUCCAGCAAAUAUUGUCAUCCAGCGCACCCACAGCAAGAGGCUUCGUUCCAGGGUGCAAGAUGCUCCCACGCCCCUUAGACAUCCUGGCUCGCAGGUCCAGCCAGGGGGAGACAGGGAGACACUAAAGGGAGACCCGCCUAGCCCAGAGACACGAGCACCAUCACCACCAUGAGCACCAUCAUCAUCACCAUCAUCACUACCACCCUUCAUAAAUGCAUUUCAAACACAUACUGUAUGACACUGGAUUCACACUCAGGUGAGAAGAGUUGGUCAGUUGAACAGAAACAUGGGUAGUAUGAGAGGUCGAAUGCAACUCAGCAGGCCCUUAAACCACCUCCCUUACAUGAUAUUCACCAUGUGGUAGAAUCAGACUAUGGCACUGUUAUCUAACACAAACAACGUCAGAUCACAUGCAGUACAGCCUGGAAGGUCAGUUCAAUGUUGUCUGAAUAACACUUUUAUAUAGCUGUAGACUGACAGUUUCCUCUCAGGUAGAUUGUCACUUAAGCUAUAAAAUUUCAAAGUAAACUGUUUGCCGUUUUACAAUGCUUCUAUUUUGAACUCUACCCCACAUUGCUUAUUAACAACUCAUGUCUUCCCUGAUUGAAAAGACAUGUGUUUUGUUUUAUAUUCUACAUUUGCACCAAUAUUUAUAUUUGGAGGAAU